AUGUUCAAAUCUGCAAAACCAUAUUUCGGCCUUCGAGGUGGAUGGCUGACAUUCUGGAUCACGUUGGCCUGCGGAGCUGACAUGACUCUCUAUGGAUAUGAUCAAGGAGUCUUCAGUGGAGUUGUGAUCUCGCAAGACUUUCUUAAGCUACAUGGUCUUGCAGAGUCCUCAAAAGCGUCUUUGCUAGGAACGGUCGCUGCCAUCUAUGAUGUCGGUUGUUUUCUAGGAUCUCUGUCCGCUUACUGGCUUGGAGAACGGCUGGGCCGCAGAAACACGGUCUUGGUAGGGACCAUCAUCAUGACAAUCGGCGCUAUUUUGCAGGCCUCUUCCUAUAGUCUAGGUCAUAUGAUGGCUGGCCGUAUAAUUGCAGGGAUAGGAAACGGGCUCAACACAUCAACUGCCCCCAUUUGGCAAGUUGAAACUUCAAAAGUUCAACUGCGAGGAAAACUGGUCAUUCUGGAGAAUGUCUUAGUACUUGUGGGAUUCUCACUUGCUAAUUGGCUUAAUUACGGUCUUUCAUUCGCAAAUGGACCAGUCUCAUGGCGAUUUCCCCUCUCAUUUCAACUCAUCUUCAAUAUCAUCUUAUUUUGUAUAGUACCAUGGCUCCCCGAGUCCCCCAGAUGGCUUGUUGCCCAUGGUCGCCCAGAUGAGGCUUUGCAAAUUAUUGCAGAUCUUGAAGACAAGGAUAACAGUGAUCCUUUUGUUCAGCUACAGAUGAAUCAGAUUCAAUAUAGCGUGGACUAUGAACAAGCAAACAGUGUUAGCUUCGGCGAUAUUCUACAUGGGCGAGCGCAUGAAAAAGCAGGCACAAAGACAGUUCGCCGGCUUAUUCUUGGAAUGGGUACUCAGGCAAUGCAGCAGUUCUCGGGAAUUAAUGUGACCUCCUAUUAUUUGCCAACGGUACUAACAAAGUCUGUGGGACUAGAUGAAUCUUUAGCAAGACUGCUCACGGCCUGCAACAGCGUUCAAUACCUUCUCUUCUCUAUGAUCGGCAUUCCCAACGUCGAGAGAUGGGGACGCCGAAUGCUUUUGAUGUUUGGCGCAGCAGGAAUGUGCUUCUGCUAUGUAUUCAUCACAGCUUUGAUUCGAUACAACGAAAUGCCCGGGUAUGCUCAUCGGGAGGAGGUGGCUUCAGCAUCCGUGGCCUUUUUCUUUUUGUAUUAUGUGUUUUUCGGCAUCGGCAUGCAAGGAGUGCCAUGGUUAUACCCAACCGAAAUUAACUCACUCACGAUGCGGACGAAAGGUGCUGCACUUGGAGCUGCUACCAACUGGAUUUUCAAUUUCAUGGUGGUCGAAAUUACUCCAAUCGGCAUUGAGACUCUAGGCUGGCGUUUUUAUAUUGUUUGGACCGUUCUUAACGCAGCUAUGAUACCUGUAAUCUAUGUCUUUUAUCCGGAGACGGCCGGCCGCAGUCUGGAGGAUAUGGACGACUACUAUCGUGGCAACCCCCCUCUUUUCGCAUGUCUUGACAAUGAAGCAAUCUCUAGCAAACGGCCCAAGAGAUACGAAGCUCGAGAUGAAAAUAUUAUCCGGGAAAAAGAAGAACCAGUGGAGCAUUUGGAAAUUACUUAG